AUGGCGUUCGCGGAAAUGUCGGCGUAUCUCCAUCGAAGUGCUUGGCCUGUUGAAAUCGAUAUACCGACAUUUCCGCGAACGCCAUCUCUGGGAAUUUUUCACCGUACACACUUGGAUAUUUCUUGCAGUAAUAAUCGACAACAAUCAGAUGAUCAAGAAGUCACAAUAAAAUCUGCUUCAGCAGUAGAACAACCAAACACAACAUCAUCUUCAUCAGAACCGAGAAUGACCAAAGCUGAAAUCUUAAUUAGUCUGGGAGAAAAGGAAAGACAAAUAGGAUCAAUCGAACAAAGUAUAAAACGUCUUCAACGUCUGCAUUAUAACAUUAUACAUAAUCCGUUUAAAACUGAAAUAGAGCAUCUUGGUCAUUUGAGUUAUCUUUCAACAACUUUAGAUGAACAAUUAUUAGAAAGACACAAAUUAGUAGAAGAACAAAAGAAAUUACAGAAACAAUUAAAACCACACUAA